AUGUUCCGAAUCAGUUUGUUGGUUGUGCUUACGGGCACUGUUGUAGUUUUAGGGAGCACCCUUCCAGAGACAUUUCUACAAGAAAAUGGACGGAUCGUGGGGGGGAACGAUACCGCUCCCGGACAGUUUCCAUACAUUGCUUCCCUGCGCACCCUCUCGAACAGUCAUUUUUGUGGUGCUUCAAUCUUAACCGAACAAUGGCUCCUGUCAGCUGCCCACUGUACACUUGACAGGCAACCAGGUGGGGUCAGUGUAGUGGUCGGGUCGCACACGCUAAACAGGGGAGAUCAUCACCGGGUGGCUCGAAUCGUGAACCAUCCCUCGUUCGAUCGUACAGUCUCUACCGGAAACGACAUAUCGGUGAUAAGAACGGCGUCGAUGAUGAUAUUCACCAUCGUCGUUCAACCGAUCGCUUUGACCGAAGAAAAUGUUGAUAUUGCUGAGGGUGCCAUCGUGGCCGGGUGGGGAACUACGAGCGAAGAGGGUGCCUUCACGAACAUUAUGCAGUGGAAGUUUACCAAAAUCAUCACGCUGGAUGAGUGCCGUCAGCAGUUUUCGGAGCAGCUUGCGGGGCUCGUCACCGCUGGACACAUAUGUACGACGAACGAGCAGGAUAGAGCCGUGUGCUCCGGUGAUUCCGGUGGCCCAUUGGUGCUCGGAGGCCGAGUGCAUGGCAUAGUUUCCUGGUCGGUCGGGUGUAACUCCCGUACCCCGGAUGUAUACACUCGCGUUUGGUCGUAUCGCAGAUGGAUUGAGGACUCUAUGGCAUCGUAAAUUUUUCACUGAGAUAAAAAAUGGAAAAU